AUGUCCGUGUUCCCUUUUCUGUCCUAUCUUGAUAUCCAUCUGCCUCCCGACCAGAGCGAGUUAGACCUCUUGGCGCGGCAGGCCUGGGCAGGGCUGCUCUUCAUCUGGCUGCCGUUGCUGGCCUGGCUCCUGCACUACGACCCGAGAGCUCGGCGACCCAGCAAGGGUCGCGUGGGACGCUGCAAGCACGGGUGCAUCUUCCAGCUCGUGCCGAAGACUCGGCACUGCCGUCGAUGUGAGAAGUGUGUGGCCGGCUUUGACCAUCACUGCCUCUGGCUCAACACGGCUUGGCGGCCCAGCGAAACGCCGCGCUUGGCGCAUUGCGAGCACAGCGCGUGGCACGAGCUGAGAGUUGCCUCCGCGGCGUUAGGCUUCCCGGUUAGGCUUUCCUGCGCGGUGAGUUGCAGUGGAUCCGUGGCACUGUGGCAUGUGCCUUUGGGUGGAUUGGUUGGCGGGCGUUUGAACAAAGGGCUCAUGUAA